AUGGGAUUUUUAAUUCGUGAUCUCCACAAACACAUCGUCGAGCUUCAUCAGAAACAAUAUAUUGAACAUACACAUAUGAAAUCGUUUACUGUCUUUCGCGGUCAAGGACUGCCAAAGGCCGACUUUGAUCGAAUGAUGAAGACACAAGGUGGACUUUUAUCAUUUAAUAAUUUUUUGUCGACUACUAUGGACCAUCAAGUAUCUCUUGCCUUUGCUGAAAGUAACCAAAGUAAUCCCGAUCUGAUAGGCAUUCUCUUUGCAAUAACUAUCAAUCCAUCAAUAUCUAAUACUGCUUUCGCGAACGUCCAUGAAGUCAGCUAUUUCAAAGUAGAAAAAGAAAUUCUCUUUUCCAUGCAUUCCAUUUUUCGUAUUGGCUCAAUGAAACAAAUCAAUGGAAAUAAUCAUCUUUGGCAAGUCGAUUUAACAUUGACCAGUGAUAGUGACCCUGAUUUGUAUGCACUUACUGAACAGAUGCGAAAAGAGACCGAAGGAUCAACAGGAUGGCUUCGACUAGUAAAAUUGAUGAUAAAGUUAGGUCAAUAUAAAGUAGCCGAAGAUUUAUGUGGAAUAUUGCUUGCUCAAAAAAUGAACGAUGAUGAGACAGGAAAUGUUCUUUUUCAGCUCGGCUUGAUCAAACUUCGUCAAGAAGAGCAUUUGGAAGCGCUCACAUUUUAUGAGAAAUCGCUGGAAAUUCGUCAAAAACAUCUAUCAUCACAACGUCCCGCUGUGGCUGAAUGUUACAAUGAUAUUGGUUUGGUGUAUAAGAAGAUGGGUCAAUAUUCGAAUGCACUUUCAUACUAUCAAAAAGCACUGAAAAUCCGUCAAGAAACUCUUCCCCCAGAUCAUUCUGAUAUUGCUGAGUCUUACAACAACAUUGAAGACGAAUAUAAUCUUAUACAUAUGUUUAUUUUCUUUCGUCAAUUAUCAAUUAUUUUUCUUUUACAAUUAUUAAGAACAAAUAAAAAUGAUACAAGACAAAAAGAAAAAAAAGCAUAA